GGCCCACACCAAACACACACACACACCCACACAAGGGAAAAAAACACGUUUUACUAAUUUUAUAUUCUUAUAUCUAUUUUACGAUAUACUCAUACAAAUCUAAGGCAGCCGGAGUUAGGGUUUUUUGUACGAUCAAAAAGUACAAAUCGAUUUUCCGGUCGAUCGGAGAAAUUUUCCGUCAAAAUGGCGAAUGAGAAUGUUGAAUUUCAAGUGUACAAUUCAAUGACGAGACAAAAGGAAGUAUUUGUACCGAAGGAACCUGGCAAAGUGAAGAUGUAUGUUUGUGGUGUUACUAGCUAUGAUUACAGUCACAUUGGCCAUGCUCGUGCUUAUGUUGCUUUCGACCUUCUCUACAGAUAUCUGAAAUACUUGGGAUAUGAGGUUGUGUAUGUGCGCAACUUCACUGAUGUGGAUGACAAGAUAAUUCGUAGGGCUAAUGAGUGUGGAGAAGACCCAACAGCUUUGAGUGGUCGAUACUGCGAAGAGUUCCUAAAAGACAUGGAUGAUCUCCAGUGCCUCCGACCGACUCAUCAGCCACGUGUUACUGAGCAUAUGGAGCAGAUUAAGGAAAUGAUAGAUAAGAUAAUAACGAAUGGUUGUGCAUACGCAGUCAAUGGAGAUGUUUUUUUCUCUGUCGAUAGUUUUCCAGAGUAUGGUCGAUUAUCUGGACGAAAAUUAGAAGAUAAUCGAGCUGGAGAACGAGUUGAAGUUGAUGCAAGAAAGCGAAAUCCUGCCGACUUUGCCUUGUGGAAGGCUGCAAAGCCUGGUGAACCAAGUUGGGAGAGCCCCUGGGGUCUUGGAAGGCCAGGUUGGCAUAUAGAAUGCAGUGCAAUGAGUUCGCACUAUCUGACACAUUCCUUUGAUAUACAUGGUGGUGGAAUGGAUUUGACUUUUCCUCACCAUGAAAAUGAGAUCGCCCAGAGUUGCGCUGCUUGCCCGGACAGUAAUAUUAGCUACUGGAUGCAUAAUGGUUUUGUGAACAUAGAUGAUGAGAAAAUGUCGAAAUCAUUGGGAAACUUCUUCACCAUACGUGAGGUUACUCGAUUGUACCAUCCCCUUGCAUUGAGGUACUUCUUGUUGGGGAAUCACUACCGGUCUCCAGUUAAUUACUCAAUAUCACAGAUAGAAAUUGCUUCAGACUCCGUGUUUAAAAUUUAUCAGACCUUAUAUGAUGCUGAAGAAGCCUUGUCAGCUUUUCAACAAGGAACUGAAACUGCAACAAAUGUAAGGGGGCGUCUUAGCUCUCAGGCCCAAGAAUGCAUCAAGAAUCUGCGUAAUGAGUUGAGGACAAAGCUCUCUGAUGAUUUGCAUACACCUACAAUUUUAAAUGCUGCUCUUCAAGAUUCUCUUAAAGUUAUGAAUAGUUGCUCGACCAUACUGAGGAAAAAGCAAAAGCAACAACACCCAUCUGCUGCUUUGGCCAUAACCGAGCUCCUGAGGGAAGUGAAGGCAGUAUUGGAUGUUCUUGGCUUGCUCGCUGGUUCAACAUAUGCUGAGGUUUUGCAGCAGUUUAAAGAGAGGGCAUUGAUAAGGGCUGAGUUGACAGAGGAAGAUGUUUUGCGUGCAAUAGAGGAAAGAGCACUGGCAAGGAAAAACAAGGAUUUCGCUAGAGGCGAUCAGAUCAGAACUGCUCUAGCAUUGAAGGGUAUCUCUUUAAUGGAUAUCGUAGGGACGACUGAAACAGUUUGGAGGCCUGCUAGACCCGAACAGGAGCAGCCUGCCGCACCAGCUCAACCAAACCAGUCUGCUGCAGCAUUGCAACAAGAACAGCCUGCUGCACCAUCUCAACAAAUGCCGCCCACUGCAAACCCACAACAAGAACAGCCUGCUGCACCACUUUAACAAGAACAUCCUGCGGUGCCACCUCAGUAGACCUUCUUUGAUUACUCAAGUGAAGAUUCUUUUCUGGAUUAAUAUUCAUAUUUGUUUGAGCUCUGUAACUUGUGAACUAGAAAGUUCAUGGAUGAGACAUACAUGAUACAAUUUAUAUCAUUCGGCAUGUAGCUAAGAUGAGCCGAAGAAUUAUUUUCCUGGUUCAUUCUCUUUACCGGGAAGAUGAGCUGAGGCUCAGUGCCCACUUUUUGUUGCAUUUCACGGCCCUGCAGCUCAACGAACUGACAUUUUUGCCUAGAGUUAAGCAGUCCGAUGACAUGUAAACUUCAUCAUUGUUGUACUAUUGUACUGAUAAAACUUAAAUGGCAGAUAGCACUACUAGUGUUGGAGAUA